AUGGAACUUGUUUGCGUUGCAAGACCUUAUCUCAACGAUGCUCCUUGGACUUUAACGGCCAUCGACGCUCGAUCUCACCACCCGUUAGAAAGACUUGAGCGAACAGUCAGCGCUUUAGUCGAUAAACUUGAUUCGAAACUGGAUGAAAUUGCCGGAUCGUCUAACCUAGAUAGAGCUUCUGUCGUGGAAGUACCAGUGCCGUCCGCAGAACUCGACCCGGCUCCCGUGUUUUUGAUACGAGAUGCUGCAACCGAUGCAGGAGUUCACUCUCCUGAGCAAGCGAUUACGCAAACAGGACCUCAAUCAGACGUUAUAUCAACAGGACUUGUCUCGCUGCAAACAGCCUACUCACUAUUGGGACUAUUCCAUGUUCACUAUGGGAGAUGGGUCAGGUUUCCAGAAGACGUCCCAACAGACAAGCUUCUCCUACAAGUCCGCAAAUCCCCGUUACUUCUUUGCAGUAUCUUCUUGAUAUCCGUCCGGCACACAAGCCAGAAUCUGGCAGAUCGGCUCGCUCCUAGGCUUUUCGAGGAAUCGAAGCGCCUCAUUACAACUUCGUUACUGGAAGUCCCGCAGACUUUAGAGUUCUUCCAAGCCGUACUUAUACUAAGCCUUUGGUCGACGACUAUAGGUCAAGUUCCCUUGAGUAUAGACAGCUGGCUACUCACGGGCUAUGCGAUCCAGCAAGCGCUCGCGAGCCCCCACUUUCUGGAAGUCAUCCGACCAGGCUCGUCCCAGCAUAUUGAUGACUCACUGGAUGCUUGGUGCUUGUGGAAUCACCUAUGUGUUGCCCAUCUUCAGUACUGCGUUGGAACUCGCAGACAUUCACUACUGACCCAAGCACAAGUUGACCAAUGUGUCAAUUUCAUACAGUCUAAUGAGGUGAACAACUAUGAAGCAAGGAUGGGAGCAGAAGUUCAGCUAUAUUGGAUUAUCUACAACAAGUGUGGGAUUGCUCAGAGUGACCUUGCUGGAACUAAACUCGCUCUGCAAGCAUGGCAACAGGACUGGAUGAUCCUUUUUAACGAGCCCAGAUCCCAGUUUCUGCAAAUGGGCUUCCACUUCGCUCACCUGUUGGCUCAUUGUCAGUCCCUCAAAUCACCCAAAUCAGUCAUGCACAGUUCCGUUCUCAAAGAAAUGAUCAAGCAUUCAAAGAUCAUCAUCAAUCUUGCCAUCGACACAACCGAUGAUCGUACUCGUCACUUAACGGAUCACAUUUAUCACAUCCUCAGCUUCUCUGCACUAACUCUAUGUCGAAUCGUUCACACAUAUGAGUCCAAACUGCGAGCGGCAAACUAUGAUACCACCGAAUUAGAUAAUCUGGUAUUCAAGUUGGUCAAUUGGUUCAAGACCAUUGGGUUGCCUUGUCAUGCUGCGCAUAUCCUCGGUGAUAUUGUCCAUGCACAAUUCCAGAAACUUCGACCAGACUUCCAACCUUCGACACCUAUUGUUCCCGGGGCACUAUCUGAGAACCCUGGUGUCAUUUAUAAUGCUGAAGAAUUAUUAUUACCACCUGAUCUCUCUUUUUUGUACCCGAACUUUAUAGGUUCGGAGAUGUUUGAUGCAGAUGGAGGGUUGGAGUCUUGGCCAGAAUGGGCUCAGGUACACUCAGAUACAGACGCUUCUGUCUAA